GACGUCAUGCGUCGUUACCUGGCAACGGUGAGCAAACAAGAAGUACAGGACAGCAGUGACGGCUGAGAAUGCGACAGCUGUGUUGAUCCUGAUUUCAGACUCUUCUUUUGGGGAGGAAUCGUCCAGCUGAUCCUCAUCUCACACAUCAUCAGGUGUUGUAAAGUGUGACGUGCUCCAGAUGGCCGGUACAGUGAUUUCGGAGCGCUUGCCCCCGCUCAUUGACCCGUCUCGCAUUCCGGUGGCUUUCGGUAACCGCGCGGUCCCGAGGCUGAUGUCGGAGCUGCAGGAUGAGGAACCUAAAAUCCGCCAGGGGGCGCUGUGUUCCCUCUGUGACCUUCUGCACGACCCGGAGCGGGCUUACGAGGCCCUGCAUCACGGUUGUUUAGAGAGACUGAAGGUGUUGCUGAAGGAUGACGACGGCUUGCUGAGGACAAAAACGUGCGAGGCGCUUUAUCAGCUGGUCACACACAGCGUGGGAAGAGAGGCCGUUCUGCAGUGUGACGCACUCGGGCCUCUGUCGGAGCUUUUAGACGAGCCGGAGGACGCCUGCCGUGAGACGGUGCACCAGGUGUUGAAGAUGAUGUCGGAGUUUCCUGCAGGUGUGGUGCGUAUGAUGUCUCUCGGUCUGGUGCCGAGGCUGGUGAUGAAGGUCCCGGUGGAGAGUGAGGACAUCAGGGAGCUCGUCCUGUCCACGCUGAGCCGCUGUAUGAGACUGGACGCUCUUCCCGCUCUGGCCAGCGACGCCCUGCCCGUCCUGAAGGAGCAGCUGAACCACCCGUCUACGCACAUCCGCCGCGCCGCGUCCGCCGGCGCCAUGGCCAUCAGUGUCCCUGCAGAGGGGAAGGUGAGGGUGUGUGAGGAGGAGGUCAUCCCCGUGUUGGUGAAGCUGCUCUCGGAUGACGACACGGAGGUCAGAGCCAACGCCGCCGGAGCUCUGAUGUACACCGCCGUCAUCACCCGAGGUAAAUACCAGGCUCUGGAGGCCGGCGCUGUUCCUCCUCUGCUGCGUUUGGUGGACAGCGAGGACGUAGCGUCGUGUGCCAACGCUCUCCGUGCGCUCACCUGUCUGGCCGAGGCCCCGAGCGGCCGAGCUCGACUGAUCCACAACCUGCCUCAGCUGGAGGCGCGACUCAGCCACCCGGCCUCCAUCAUACAGAAAGCUGCAGCCACCGCCAUCCAGGUCAUCUCCUGGACCCCCUGAGAGCGAGCGGAAGGAGAGAAUUUCAUGACAUCGGGACCCCCUGCUUCUGAUUAAACUAUUUGACAUGAUGGAUUACAAACAAGUCGUUUUGUGCUCUGUUAAAGUUAACUCCUUUCAAAUAGCUAGGAUUGUUGUUUUGGGGCAGAUUUGCUGAAAACACUGAUUCGGGGGCGGGGCCACACACAAGUUCAGUUAGUGAUGUCACACUACAAGCUUCUCCUUGCUUUGGACCAAUCACACCCAAUAUGCAAAUUAUUACAUUCCGAAAAAUAACCUGGAAACUUAUAGCUGCGGAAUCUAGUGAUGAACAAAAUCCUGGUUGUCAUGGUGACGUUAUAUUUUGUCAGGUUUGUUCGCUUUUGAAUAAAUCAGUCAGAAAGUGACACAAAUCGACCGUGUGAACCGGUUGUAUAUUCUACACCGACAUGGGAGCGUUUCCAAAUUUGCAUAGUCAUGUUUAUUCAUUUACGACGAGGGUGUUCUUAGUCCUUCUUCUGAAGUUUUUAAGUAUUCGAAACAUUAAGAUUGCAUGAUUAUAUUUAU